ACUCGUGCUUAACAUGGCCACGCUGCGCAGACUGCAAGAGACUCCCCGGCACUUACUGGUCUGUGAGAAAUCCAACUUCGGCCACAACAAGUCUCGCCAUAAACAUCUCGUGGAGACGCACUAUCAUAACUACAGGGUUUCAUUUCUUAUUCCUGAAUGUGGGAUGCUGUCAAAAGAACUGAAAAGCCUGGUUAUGGAAAUUGGGCCCUAUUACUCUGUGAAGAGCUUACCUCUUCAUGAAUUAAUUACACAUGAAUUCAUCCAGACCUUUGUAAAGAAAGGUUCAUUCUCUGCAUUAACAUAUAAUGCAAGUAUCGAUGAAGACAAUGCUGUUGCCCUCCUACCGAAUGGAAAAUUAAUUUUAUCAUUAGAUAAAGAUACUUACGAAGAAACUGGGCUUCAAGGUCAUCCAUCUCGGUGUUCUGUCAGAAAACCUAUGAGGUUUGUUAUCUCCAUUGAUUUAAUGGAUUUAUCCCUUAACCUGGAUUCUAAGAAGUAUGAAAGAAUAUCUUGGUCCUUCAAAGAAAAGAAGCCUUUGAAGUUUGAUUUUCUUUUGGCGUGGCAUCCUACAGGUGCAGAAGAAUCAACAGUGAGGUCAUACUUUUCCAAAUACCAAAUUCAGGAGCAUCAGCCAAAAGUGGCCUUGAGCACAGUGAGAGAGCUGCAGUGCCCGGUGCUGAAGAGCAGCUCACUUACAGGAGAGCCGGAGGAAGCCUGCAGUGCCCUGGAGCUCCUUGACUGGCUUGGCGCUGUCUUCUGCAAUGCGGACCUGAAUAACCAGCCUUAUAAUUUCAUAUCAACCUACUGCUGUCCCCAGCCGAGCACAGUCAUAGCCCAAGCUUGUCUGUGCACAAUCACGGGUUUCAUACUGCCAGAGAAGAUACAGGUGCUUCUGGAACAGCUGCGUCACUACUUUGAUGAACCAAAGUUAGCACCGUGGGUCACCUUGUCAGUUCAAGGCUUUGCAGACAGCCCUGUUUCCUGGAGAGAGAACGAACAUGGCUUUCAGAAAGGAGGAGAGCACUUGUACAACUUCGUGGUUUUUAGGAAUCAGGACUAUUGGCUUCAGAUGGCCGUUGGGGCCAAUGAUGACUGUCCACCAUAAGAAAAUGCAGAAUGUAAAACUGUGUGUGUUUGUCGUCAUAUUUCCUCAUUGUGAAAGAGUUAUGUGUCACCCAGCCUUGUCAUAAGGAUUGACUUCUUAGACCGGCCUCUGCUUGCUGUCUGCUCUGCGGUGGCCCCUGGGCACGGGCUGCUCGUCCACCGAAUAGCUCUGAGCUGAUUUUUCUGUUGAUGACAGGGCAUUGCUUACUACAGAGUAGGAUAAGCUGGAAGAUGGGGACCAGCAGGAUUGGGCCGCUUGGUGAGGUUUUUAGGUGAAAAAGGAAUCCUUAUCCUUGGUCGGCCCAGUCAUGGGUGCUAUUCUCAUAGUAACUGUUCUAGUUUGAUUUUCUGUUGACCAGAGGCAACUUCUGGAAGGAAAGAACAGUUAUAGUCCUUCAUCAAGGGAAGUUGAGGCAGGAACUUAGAGACAGGAACUGAAGCAGAAACCAUAGAGGAAUGCUACUUUCUUUUUUUUUUUUUUUUUUUUUUUUGGUUUUUCGAGACAGGGUUUCUCUGUAGCUUUGGAGCCUGUCCUGGAACUAGCUCUUGUAGACCAGACUGGUCUCUUUCUGACUUGCUCGCCUAGCUUUCUUACAUAGCCCAGGACCACCUGCUUAGGAGUGGCACUUCCCACUGUGGGGCAGGCCCUCUUCCAUUAACCAGCAAUCGAGAAGGUGUCCCGCAGACAUGCUCAUGGGCCAGGCCGAUUGAGGCAGUUCUUCAGGUAUAAACACCUGGCUUCUACCUGAUAUAUAUGUAUACCUGUGGGGCUGGUGACACAGAGGGCAUGGGCUGCUCUCUGAGGGGAGGGCAUUUCGGAGGGCAGUUACCCCCGCUCCAGUCUCAUUAGGUCACGCUGAUCUGACUGUUGUGGCUGAAGGCACCGAAAGAGUGUAGGGAGGACUGGAAUGUGAAGUGAAAGACCUUUUCCCCUGUGGAGAAAACCAUGUUUGGCACAUAGGGAAUGCCACUAUUAGAAGGUAUGACCUUGUUGGAAGAAGUGUGUCACUGUGUAGGCAUUCUUUGAGGACUCAUAUGCUCAAGCUAUGCCCAGUGUGGUACUCAGUUCACUUCCUGCUGCUUGUAUGUUAAGAUGUAGAACUCUUAGCUCCUUCUCCAGCAUGGUGUCUGCCUGCAUUCUGCCAUAAUUCCCACAAAGAUGAUAAUGAAUUAAACUUCUGAAACUGUACACCAGCCCCAAUUAAAUGUUUUCCUUAUAAGA